AUGCAGUUGUUGAGCAGCCUCUUGUUCUUGGUACCCUUCGUGGUAGCAAGUCCUGUAUCACAGGCAAGCAAGGACAUAAUCCCCGGGCAAUACAUCGUUACUCUGAAAGAUGGCCUCUCGGCUGCAGAUAUUGAGUCUCACAAGACGUCUGUUGCCUCUAUCCACCGAUCAAAUAUUGCUAGCGGUCGUGGGGGAAUUGAAUCAGAGGGAAUUACGAACCAUUUCCAGAUUGAUACUUUGAACAUGUACUCGGGAGGCUUUGACAGGCGAACCGUAGAAGAGAUCAGACGUAGCCCAUAUGUCAAAUCAGUUCAUCCUGACCAAAUGAUUCAUCUUGCAGAGACAAUUACACAAACAAAUGCCACAUGGAACCUCGGUCACAUUUCGAACAAAGGAAAGCCAACCUCCACAUGGCAGAAUCCUGCUGAUUACAUUUACGACAGCAAGGCUGGAGAGGGAGUGUGGGCCUAUGUUUUGGAUACUGGUAUCAACGUUAACCACGAAGAAUUCGAAGGGCGUGCAAUUUUAGGCCGAAAUGCCGUUAAAGGAAAGCCUCAUGAAGACACCUUCGGCCAUGGUACAUAUGUUGCCGGAAUUAUUGCUGGAAAAACUUGGGGAGUUGCAAAGAAGGCCAACGUAGUUUCUGCCAAAGCCUUUGAUGGCGGAUCUAGCACAUACACGUAUAUCCUCGAUGCAUACAGCUGGAUUGUCAAGAACAUCACUGAUAGCAAACGUCAGUCAAAAUCAGUUAUUAACUUGAGUAUCUCUGGGGCUAAAUACCAACCCUUCGACAAUGCUGUUGAGAAGGCCUUCAAGGCCGGCGUUUUGACGGUCGCUGCGGCUGGUAACGACGGAAGGGACGCCUCACAAAACACCCCAGCAUCAUCGCCAAAUGCCAUUACUGUAGCAGCCGUUCGAUGGAAUAACACCAGGCCAAGCUUCUCCAACUAUGGAAAGGUUGUUGACAUCUGGGCACCUGGAGAUGGCAUCAAGUCCUGCUGGAUGGGCGCGAACAACGCAACCAACGUUGCAUCUGGAACCUCUGCAGCAAGUCCCCAUGUCGCUGGCAUUGUCGCAUACCUCAUGAGCAUGCAAAACUUUGCUUCUCCUUCUGCAGUUACUGCAAAGGUUCUUAGUCUUUCAAUCCCCGACUUGGUCCAGGAUGCAAAGGAUAGUCCAAACAAGGUUGCCUACAAUGGUAUCUUGGAGAUGAAAUAA